AUGAUUAAACAACAGCAACUUAAGGCGCAAAGCACCCAGGUCCCUCAGACCAUUACAUACGCCAUAUAUGCAUAUAAUUCAAAGACGGCAGAACAAACGCAAAGGUUGAAAUAUGGAGAUUUGGAGAUAGUAUUGAAAAAUGACCAUUUCGAAUUCGUUUGCAAAGGUGGUGCAGUGAUAUCAAAUAUAAAAGAAAUUUUAUUUAUGAAUUCUAAAAUUAAAGGUAUAACGGAUGAUAUAACAUCAAUUCCACCAGAAGAACAGAGAUAUUACGCAUUAAAUGCAUUUCCUAAAGUUUUGAAGAUUGGAAGAUUUAAUUUAAAUGAGGAAUUCAUAGAAGGUUUCCUAAAUGACAUAAUGAAGAAAGCAGAUAAGGAAUGUGUUGCUGCUGCGUUAGAGAAGAAAGCGGAUAAGGAAUAUGUUAACGAAAAAGAUAAUGAAAUUAAAGAAAUGGUUGAAUGGUAUCAUGAAUGGACAUCAAAGAUUUUAAAAACUAAAGCCGAUACAGGAUGGGUUUCAGGAUGUUUAGACCUUAAAGCGGAUAAGGAAUAUGUUGACGCUGAAUUAAAGACUAAGUUAGAGAAGAAAGCGGAUAAGGAAUAUGUUAACGAUGAGUUAGAGAAGAAAGCAGAUAAAACUUAUGUUAAUGAAGAAAUAAAACAAUCAGAGGUCUAUUUUACUCCGCCAUUUUUAAAUUUUAUGAAAUCAUCAGAUAAAACCUUUGAUAUAGAUUCUUUUGAAUGGAUAUGUUUCGAUGGAGUGACCAUGUAUUUAUUUUAUACAGAUGGAGUGCUUUAUUAUUUUAAAACAAAUGAUUUUAAAAACUAUGAAUCAUUUACUCCAUCUGUUUUGAAUCCUGAUACACGAAAGCCAAUCAUUAAUCCAAUAAUUUUAUAUGUUGAAUAUAAUAACGGUAAAUUUAUGGGAAUGAUAACGGUUGAAGAUGAUUUUUGCCCUUGUUAUUCAUUCGAUUGUAUCCAAUGGUUCAAAUGUAAUUUAAAUCAAGAUGCUAAAUUUAAAUAUCCAAAUAAUCCUAUUAGAUGUGUUAAUAAUAAAUGGGUACUAAUUUAUGAAGUCAAUCAAAUUUUCAUUAGUGAGGAUGGGAUAAAUUAUUAUAUGUUUAGUAUGAUGUCAUCAGAUUUGAAAAUUGAUUAUACAAGUAAGUGGUAUUACAUUAACAACAUGUAUUUUAUCCUACAAAAUGAUAAAAUUUAUAGAUCAUCUUCAAUAUCACAAGGUCAAUUUGAACAAAUUUUUCAAGCUGAUGGAGACAUUGAAGCUUUAUGUUAUGGAUCAAAUGUUUAUGUUCUCGUUUCA